AUGCCUGCGGGUAAUCCUAGAAUGAUCGACUUGGUUACCCUAUUGUGCGUACAACUUGAAAUAGAGCUGAACGACACUUUCUUCUAUCAUUCAGUACGUUCGUGGGUAGUAUUGAGAGUGAUUCACCAGAAGUCCUCAUUCAAUCUUUCCUCAUAUGUCUAACACUUGGCCAUAACGAAUCCAAACCUGCCAAUGAUUAAGAGGAAUCAAUAUGUCCUAAUCACAACCUACCAGACUCUCUGAGUCAUCAUGCUAAAUUCUCGACUAGAAAUAAUUUCAACCAGUUCGAGUCUUCUGUCCCCUCCUUGCUUCUCAUUUACACAAAUCAUCAAUAGUAUCUCUACAUAUUCACUACAAAGCACCAAACACAUCAAAGAAGCCAUAAACAUCAAAAUGCCAUCUUCUCAUAACUCUAAUCCGGAAACUUCCAAUCCGCAACCGCAAUCGCAUAUACAGAACACGGAAGCCAAGAGACUACAGAGACAGGAGAUCUUCACAAACCUCAGCACCCUAGUGGAGAUACUGACACUACAAAUAGCCCCCCAGAAACUUCCGCUGAGUCCACGCUCCCUGUACUGAAUAGAGCCAAGGCACUCACCUGUUCAUCGCUUCCCAACGCAAACACCAGCUAUCUGGGCAUUCCAAAGUCCCCAGCUAAACCGGAAACUCUACUCCGAACCUCCGAAUACCCAUACGUCACUGGGAGGCUGAAUGUUGACCGUUAA